AGUUCUCGCUUGAAAAGCAUCGCGACGGGUACGCAAAGAGCGCGUAGCGCACUAGAAAUAAAAAUAAUAUUCAACUCCUAUCCAUUAAGUACUUGAAGACUUCAAUUUGUUUUGUGCGCGCAGACAAACAGUAGAUAUUGUAUAUGUGUUUAACGAACUACCUCCGAUAGCGGCAGCAAAUUCAACAAACAACACACACACACACACACACAGAAAUUCAAAGUGCGUGCUGCCAAAAACAAAUACGAAUACCAAAAAAAAAAUAAUAAUAAUAAUAAAAACAACAACUCAACUGAGACCGGUAACAAUGAGAGCUGCGACGUGGAUGUUACUUAGUUGUCUGCUAAUUGGACUAUUUUAUGACGAACAGUGUCGGGCGACACCAAUUGACGAAGAGAAUAGCAAUGAUCCUGAGGACGAUGAUUACGAUUACGAUAAUAGAGAGGAGCCAUCCAGUUCGGAAGGUUUCCCCAUGGCCAUUGAGGAACAUGUGGCAGCACCCUACUUUGAGAAGUCAAAUCUAACCGUUUCUGCCAAGCCCGGCGAUGAUGUCACCCUCACUUGUGAUGCCCGCAACUAUAGAAAUAACAAUGUGGCGAUGUGGUACAAGAACGACGUUAUGCUGACCAGUGGCCAGAGUGUGAUUAGCACUCGGGUGAAAAUCAUGCCGAAUAAUUCGCUAUUUUUGGAGAAUGUGUCAUCGGACGAUGCGGAUGUCUACAAAUGUCAGAUAUUGCCGGACAAAGUGGAGCAGUAUACAACGCUGAGUGUUGGCGCCCGGCUAUCGAUCCUCUGCGACGAUCGCGAUGUUACGGAUCGUUCGCAGACGUUCAAGCAGGGCGACAAUCACAAGCUCGAGUGCCGCACCUAUCUGCCCGACAAUGCAAAGAUUAUAUGGUCAUUCAAUGGUCAGCGGCUCCAGGGUGACGACAAUGGCGUCAUCGUUUUAGAGAACGUGGAUGAAGAGAAUGCUGGCGUUUAUCAGUGUCUGGGUGAAGAUAGAAGUGCUGCUCCACCUCAUGGCAGCGUCUCUGUCGAUGUGCAGUUCAGUCCCAAGGCGUCCACACAUAGACACCAUGUGAACACCAUGGAAGGUGAUACGGCGGAGAUUUACUGUAACUAUCGUGCCAAUCCCAUUGCGAUUAGCUUCUUUAUCAAGGACGGCAAGAAACUGACACUGUCCGACAAGUAUUCCAUAAGGAACUCACUGCACAAGGAGCAAAAUCGCACCACGUUGCUCAUCAAGCAUGUGGAAGAGAGCGAUCUGGGCGAGUAUCUGUGCCAAGUUGAGAACACCAUUGGUGCCAGCGAUGUGCGCAUUCAGCUCAGCUAUCACCCAGAGACGCCCCAGUUCGAGAACAUCACCAUCGAUGGCAACAAGGUCACAAUGCAUUGGCUCGUUCGCAGUCUGCAGCCGCUCUCGGAAGCCAUGCUCGACUACAAGUUGACAGGGUCGUACACGUGGAGCACUGUCUCGGUGAUAAGGACACAUCGUCAUGACAGGGACAGCGGCAUCUGGAAGAUCACGCAUCAGAUGGAACUGACGCCCGGACACUGGCAUGCGCAUGUCAAGACGAAGAACACUCAGGGCUGGUCCAACUUCUCGCCAGAUCACGAGUUUUUCAUUAAAGACGAAGAAGUUUCCGAUGAGGAUGAGGAUUCCGUGCCGCCAGAUGAUUUGGUACGUGCCGGAUUUGGAGUGGGCAGCUCAAAGGCGAAUGCGGCGUGUACAAUGAAUAUACUGCCGAGUCUGAUGAUGAUGGGUGCCAUCUGCAGCUCAGUCCUGCUGCGACUUUAAGAAUCGUUGCGGCUCAGGAACAGGACAUCCAAAUACGUAUUUCAAAUUACAUAUUACAUACGCAUACUUGUUUGGCUUGUGCUGCCUCAAGCCCGGCACCUGGGCAACGAAGAAUCAGCAGCUUAUUUAUAAGAAUGCCAUUGCAAAUACCCAAGUAUUCUAAUUAUACAUGCAAAUGCUAAUGCGCCCCCGUUACGACGGGGUCAAUGUUAAUGUUAAUGCUAAUGUUAAUCUAAAAUCAAAAUCACGCAU